AUUCGGAUUCGGCGGCAGCGCCCGGCCCGCAGCAACUCUGGGUCCUGGAGUCCUCCUGCUUGCAGGGCCGUCUCUCUUCUUUCUUUGCCGGCGGGAGCUUGGCAGAAGGCGCCCUGCUUUUCUCUCCGGCGGCGGCACAGCCUUUCCACGCCGGUCUCAGGAAACUGAAGAAAAGCUGAGAGCGGAGUUUGGUCUAUUUCACCAGAACGGUAACCAAGGUUGCAGCCUGAAAGCUGAAGUUUCUUCGAAUGCAAUGACCCAGCAACCCCAGGAUGAAUUUGAUAGCAGCGUGGAGAAGGCCAUAGACUGGAUGAAGACCAUCCAGGAGAGGCUGAAGAUGAAUGACAACACCAAGGGGCCUCGGUCUGCCUUGGAAGCCAGGCUGAGGGAGACAGAGAGUGGCAGUCCAGAUGUCCAUGGGACGUUCACAAGUAUGAGCACAAAUUCAGAGAAAAUCAGUGCACUGGAACCAGAAGGCCGACUGAAAAUGGACUUGGUUCUAAUGAAGGCGGAUGCUCUCCUUCAGUGCAUCAGUGAGGAAAGAAAGCACGAGGUCUUAUCCAAACUGAAGGAUAUUAAAGCCAUGUGGGAAGAAACAACCAUAUACAUUACUCAUUGUCACAGCCGUAUUGAGUGGGUAUGGUUGCACUGGAGUGAAUACUUGAAAGCCCAAGAUGAAUUUUACACAUGGAUUCAUAACAUGAAGGUGACUUUGGAGCCUGACAUUGAGCUGCAGCUUGGCUUGAAGGAGAAGCAAUGGCAGCUCAGCCAUGCUCAGGUUCUGCUGAACGAUGUCCUAAAUCAAGCAACUCUGCUGGAACGGCUUCUGGAGGAAGCCACUUCCCUGUAUAACCGGAUUGGAGAUCCAAGCGUAGAUGAAGACGUUCAGAAGAAGAUGAAAGAAGAAUAUGAAGACGUCAAGAACGAAGCACAGAGAAGAGUAGGAUUGCUUGAGAAAAUAACAAAAGAACACGAGCGAUACAAGAGCAACAUUGACCAGUUUCAGUUGUGGCUGACGCAGGUGACAGAAAGACUAAACUGCUGCCUUAAUCAAGAAGUGAAAUUAGCAACAGAAAAUAGAAUAAAGGCAUUACAGGACAUUGCCAAAGAUGUGAAGAGUGGAGAAAAGAAGUUGAAACAUCUCGAAACUCAGUCUCAUGGGGUGAUGCAGAACACCUCCCCGCUGGGAGCGGAGAAGAUGAAAGCUGAGCUUGAGGACCUUAAAAAAGCCCUGGAAAAACUCAAAGUUGUGAGUGCAGAGGAAGAGGAGAGGCUGCUGAAAAGCCUGAAAUCAGAAAAUGCCCACCACACUCAAGCCAGGCUCCUCGAAGCCGAGGUCCAGGAGUUCCGUAAGGGUCUGCAUAAGCUAGGAAAGAGCUUUGAACCUGAUGGCCAAGUGAGGAGUGAAGAGGAUUUAAUUGAUCUCUGGAGGAAACACGUGGCAACAAGGGCCGCCCUUACUGCAGAGGAAUCAAAGGUUGAAAGACUGAAGACUCAACUUAAGGAGUUGUUCAGGUUUUCACAAGACAUACAGCCACUUUCUGACAGUGUGAUACGUGCUAUUCGUGAAUAUCAAAGCCUGAAAGGGAAGAUGUGCAAAAUGAGCGCUGAGACUGAAACAGAACUGAGGCAACGGUUCCAAAACCCUUUGAGGGAAUUCCAGCUGUGGAAACCAUCAGCUCAGAGGCUCCUGGACACCACAGCAAAUGUUUCCGACCCGGCCUUGACCAAUGCCUUCUUGCAUCAGAUUGAGCAAUUUCUGACUGAAAAUUCCCGUUUUAAAGAACAACUCUUGAUGAUACAGCUGAAAAAGGAUUUCCUGAGCAGCAUAUUUGAGGAGGAGAGAGCAAAGUCACUCUUGGCAAAUGCAGCUGAUGCUGCAGAGGAAAUGGAAAACCUGCACAAAGGUCUCCUUCAGAGGAAAACUAGGUUGCAGGCUUUGGUAUCUCAGCACAAAGAUUUUAAUGCGGCCUUCGAGCCUUUGCAAAAGAAGCUGUCUGCUCUCAGAAUCAAAUUAGAAGCAGAGAAGGAACCAUUGCUUGAUCUGACAGAGAAACAAGCCCGGCUGCAGAGGCUACAAGUCAUCCAUGAAGACAUAGCAGAGUGUAGAGUUCAAAUGGAAGAGCUGGAGAAACUUGUUCAGCCUGACCCAGCACAGAAGCAUAAAAUAAAGCAGCUUUCUUCCAACUAUCAGCUCCUGAAGAGGUCUCUAGAGAACAUAAUGUCUCAGAGUAAGCAAAAUACUCAAGAACAUUGGAUGUUUAACAACAAGUCAUCAGAACUUCAUCAGUGGCUUACAGUGACCAAACAGAAGCUGGAGUCGUUCCAGGGUGCCAGUGAAGAGCGUAAAACCAAUAACAGGGCUUUGGACUUGGAGAGACUUCAAGCUGAAUUUCCAGACAGAGAGAACCAGUUGCAAUUCAUAGCGGUCAGAGGGGAAGUGGUUGCAGCUAAUUCUUCUUCAGAAGGGGCUGCAAAAGUCCAGGCUGAAGUGAAGAACCUGACAGAAGAUUUUGAAUCUCUUGAAAGCAUGAUGUCCAGGCUCCUCCAGAAACUCCAUCCAAACUGGACAACGCCAGAUGCAGGCAAGAAGAUAAUCUUUCCAGACAACAUGCCAAUGCAGAGAUUUGUCAUUCGCUCUAGAGAUGAUUUCAACCAGUCCUGGAAAAACAUAGCAGAAGGAGAAGACAAUAAUGAUCUCCAACUCAUUAGGAACUUUGAGAAAUGGUUGCAAGGAGAAAACGCCAAGCUAUCCAAAAUUCUUGCCAUGAAACCAUCCAGUAAUGAAGAAUUUAAAGAAAGGCAAAGAAUGCUGAAGGAGCUUCAGAUCCAUGUCCCUGAAGGUCAGCAGCAUUUUGAGGAUCUUCUGGGUCUUCAGCCCAUUGUCAAGAGCUCUGAGGAGCUUGAGGAGUUGCGGUACCGAUGGAUGCUCUACAAGUCUAAACUGAAUAACUCCAGCAACUCACUGAUGACAAGUUCUUUCGAAGAGCCAGCAACAUUUAGAAAGGGAAAACCAUCUAGAACCUGUUCUUUCUUACGUCGGGUCUGCUGGACAGCUUUACCUCUCCAGCUCCUCCUGUUGUUCUUACUCCUCCUCGCCUUUCUGCUCCCUCUCGUGGAGGAAACUCACAGCUGCAAGCUGGCCAACAAUUUUGCACGCUCCUUCAACCUGAUGCUUAGAUACCAGGGCCCACCACCAACUUAAGUCCUCAAAACCAGCAGUGCACCCGAGAUGACAAGUGGCUUUUCUCUGGGGCGUGUCAGCUUCUGCAGGCCCUCCUGGAAUCCAGGACAGCUAAGUAAGGGACCCAUGUAAACUGGAAAUAUAGUCCAAGAACCUCUGUUGUCCAUUGUAUGCUCAGGCUAUUAAAAUGAAGUAUUCUUAUUUAGAGCUAAAAAUAUAUAUUUUUAAAUAUAUGGCUAUAUUUAUACUGUAUAUAUAUGGUUUUUAUAUCUAUGCAUAUGUCUCAAUGAAACAUGUCCCAAAAUCAGUGUUCUCAAUUUAAUCCUGCCAUUUUUAUUUUUGUUUUUAUUUCUUGCCUUUGUCUGUUUUGUUGAGUUAACAGUAGAUGAUUCAACUAAGCACAAAAAAAUUAACAAAGGGCAUAGUGAGAUGUGAUGAAAAACUGUAGGGUUAUCCUUCCAACAGCAACCAUAUGUCUGGUUCCUGUUCUUGUAUCUACAGUCAUGUGAAAAAUAAUGUACAUCCUCUUUGAAUUCUAUGGUUUUACAUAUCAUGACAUA